GCAACUUUCUAUCCUUCAGUUAUUUCACUUUGACCUUUACUUCACUCCCAAUUCUUUAAAUUCUCAACCCCCCAAAAAAAAGAAAAGAAAAAAGUGAGGAAAAAUAGAGAAAAAUGGGAUUCUUGAAAUGUUUCUUAGGUACUACUCUUGUUCUUGUUAUGGUAUUUUCUGUGUCAAAUGGAGAUCCUUUAGUUCCAGCUUUGAACAUUUUUGGAGACUCUGUAGUUGAUGCUGGAAAUAAUAACAAUUUAAGUACUCUAAUCAAAGCAAAUUUUCUUCCUUAUGGAAGAGAUUUUGUUACUCAGAGACCAACAGGAAGGUUUUGCAACGGAAAGCUGGCCACUGACUUCACUGCUGAAUAUCUUGGGUUCACCUCAUAUCCACCAGCUUACUUUAGCCCAGAAGCAAGAGGGAAAAACAUACUCACUGGUGUCAACUUUGCUUCUGCUGCUUCUGGUUAUUAUGACAGGACUCCUCAACUUUAUCGCGCCCUUACACUGGCACAACAGCUAAAUAAUUACAGGGAAUGGCAAGGAAAAGUAGUGAAUUUGGUAGGGAGGACACAGGCUAACAACAUAUUCUCAGGAGGAAUACAUCUUAUAAGUGCAGGUAGCAGUGAUUUUAUUCAGAAUUACUACAUAAAUCCAAUGCUCAACAGAAUCUACUCACCUGAUCGCUUCUCGGACAUGCUUAUGCACUCUUAUUCUUCAUUUGUUCAGAAUCUCUAUAAUUUGGGAGCAAGGAAAAUUGGUGUCACAACUCUGCCGCCAACGGGUUGUUUGCCAGCAGCCAUUACUUUAUUUGGUGCAGGAAGCAAUCAAUGUGUAGCAAGAUUGAACCAAGAUGCAGUUUUCUUCAACAACAAACUCAACACAACAUCAGACAAUUUGAAGAGCAGACUUCCUGGCCUUAAACUUGUAGUUUUCGACAUCUAUCAGCCUCUCUUGGAUCUCAUCACUAAACCUACCGAUAAUGGAUUCUUCGAAUCGAGGAGAGCAUGUUGCGGAACUGGUACAUUAGAAACAUCAUUCCUGUGCAAUGUCAGGUCAAUCGGGACAUGCUCGAAUGCGACACAGUACGUAUUCUGGGACGGAUUCCAUCCGUCUGAAGCUGCUAAUGAAAAAUUAGCUCAAAGUCUACUGGAGCAGGGUUUUGAUCUCAUCACUUAAGCCUGAAAGUUGUCUACUUUCAUAGUUCAGUCAGUUAGUUUAUAGUUGCUGUUGGAGUUGCAAAUGGUUUAGUUUCAUUCAGGUUUAAGCUAUAUUAUGUGUCUUGUGGAGAAGUAGUUAAAACUAUUUAAAGGGCUGCAGAGAGCUUUCCUAGGUAGUUUCAUACUAUAUGUUUGCCAACAUUUCACCUAUAAUCAGCAGAAAUAUUAUUAAUACUUA